CUUGGCUGAAGCUGUGUCGUUUUCAUGCUAUCCGGUGGACUCUUCAUCGCCUCUUUCCCCUAGCUGUUACCACGUUUUGCGAUUGUGAGGCUGCAUCCAUCAGCAAAUCUGGAAGCUCUGGAGGCUUCAUUUGCAAAUGGAAAUCAUUGGGGGAAACAGAGGAACAUUUUGAAUCUAUAGGCUUCCAAAUCCAGUAUCAUUUUCGGAAUCUCAGCUGUUCAUGAUUAUGGCUGCAUACGAAGCAAUGGAGCAGAUUUCGUUGACUCUUGUGGUGGACAAGACAACGAAUAAGGUACUGUAUGCUGAGGCAGGGAAUGGCUUUCUUGAUAUUCUUUUAAGCUUCUUUACAAUGCCCUUGGGAACUAUAUCUACACUUGUUCGGAAAAAGUCCUCUGUACAACCUUGCAAGUUUGGCUGCAUCGGCUCACUACAUUGCAGUGCAGAAAAUCUGGACUCCAAGUCUUUUCUUAAUUAUGAUGAGGGUAAAGACGACUUGUUGGAUCUAGAACCAGCGGAAGCUUGGGGUGAUGAUGUGCAAUUUAACUCUUUACAUUAUAUUGUCUAUGAUGAUCUAAAAGUGGUGCGUUGUGAUGUGAAUACAACGUUGGAAAUACUAAGGAAUUUCGGAACUGAACAUGUUCCCGUGAGACUUACUGCGGAUAUUACCAAGAAAGAGGCAUUGGAUCUCCUCAAGUUAUCGUUAUAUUCAGAGACACCAUUGACAGAUUUAUUCUUGCGCAAAGAACCGCACAUAAAGAACUGUAUUCAAGCCCAACCACAAUUAAAGAUCAACGUAAGUGAGAUGCAAGACAGAGAGGGUAAGAAGAUGGAGCUAAAGUUGAAAGUGAUAAUAUCAAAAUCAAAGAGCAAAAUAGUGUUUGCUGAAGCAGAUCAUAAGUUCGUUAAUCAGCUCUAUAGUUUUCUGUUAAUACCACUAGGUGCAGUGGAACGCCUUGCCCAAGGCAACACUGGUUUUGUCUGCAUCGAUAACUUGUACAAGAGUGUGAUUGAUUUGCGUGAAACCAUUAAAGAUAAUGAUCCAUAUUCUGGGGCAACGUCAUUUUCUAAUGCAUUGAGGACGUUCAUCGAUCCUUGUAUUGGCCGAGAAAUCAAACGUCUGAUGUUACCUGUUCCAAUAAAUCAUUCAAAGAGGCCAUCUGAGUAUCUUGGUUACAUGAAGCAGGAAACAAUGUACAUGGUAUCAGAUAAUUUGUGGGUACAACCAUUUUCAUCUCUGGCUGCCUUGUCAGUUCUACAUGAAUCCCAAGUUUUUGCAGAUGACUUGGAAGUGAAGGACAUUUGCAUUGGUGUGAAUGAGGUGUUGGGGAUCCUGAAUGCUGCUGUAACGUCAUCAUCGGCUUUGACAAGGGGUUUGAGUUCGUUCAUUAGAAAUUCAAAGAGGAAGAGAAGUGGGGUAGCUAGUAAUUAUGGAAAUUUAAUUUUGUUUCUGUGAAUGAAGUUUUCAUUACAUUUUUUGGCGUUCCUGAUCUUACUGUUAGAUAAUCAACACCUAAAUGGAACAUGGGCUUUUGAAUUGUAGCAUUGAGGACUGCUUUCGGUCCGUUGUAGUAACCGUGAAAGGGACUCGAUCUCUUUAAAAAAAAAAAAAAAUUGUACUGAGAGACCUUAACCUUCAAUUUCAAUGAUGA